CCUAGGCCGCGCCCGGGCCGGGCAGGGAGGGCGCGAUGCGGCCGCCGCUGCGCUGGCUCCUGGCCGCGCUGCUGCUGCUGGUGGUGGGAGCGCUGCGCGAGGGGGCUGCCGCGGCGAACAGCGACCCGCCGGCUCGCUCGACGCUCCCGCAGGGCAGCACCCCCGGGGAGGCGACGCGGAGCAGCAAUGGCAGCAGCAGCAGCCUGGCCGUGUCCGACCAGCCCAUGACCCAGCGCGCCCUGGCUGUGCUCGUGGUGGCCAGCGCCGCCCUCAUCGUCUACUUCGUGAUCCGGACCGUGCGCCUCAGAAAAAGAAACAAAAAGACCCGAAGGUAUGGAGUUUUGGACACCAACAUAGAAAAUAUGGAGUUGACGCCAUUAGAACAAGAUGAUGAUGAUGAUGAUACAACAUUGUUUGAUGCUAAUCAUCCUCGAAGAUAAGUAUGUGCCUUUCAUUGAGAAAAAUUAAUCUUAAAUCAACAGAAAGAGGAGGUUAUGCAGGAGGAAUAAGAAGCCAAUAUAUCAACAGGGUCGGGGGGGUAUUAAAAUUAUGUAUAUUAUGGUAUACUUAGUUUGUUGCAAUAAAUACUAUAACAAUUUGUUGUACCUCUUUGUAUAUACAGAAAUACUCUAAAUUCAGAGGGGUGUACACUAACAUUCAAAACUAUUUGGAAAAGAGAUUCCCUUUUAAAACAGGGUAUUUUCUGCUUAUUUUAAUUCCCUAUUUGUGUAUAUGUAUGGUAUACUUUUCUAUACCAAUCUGGAAUAUGUUCACUUGUUUUUGCCAAUGUAAUAUUUUAAGUCCGUUUAAACAACAUCAUCUUACGUAUGCGUGAAUUCUGUAGUAUGGCUAGAUUUUCUGUAGUUUAGUUGAGAUUCUUUCCCUAUCUUGAAAAAGCUCUGUGCCAAACUACUGCCUCUUUUUGUUUGAAAUUUUUAACUAAAUGAAUGUGAGUUGCUGUAUGUAAACAUUAUUUAAAACUGCCAAGUGCACCAAUAAAAUGUUUACAAUAUUCCUAA